UCCUUAUUUUUAAGAAUUUCUUUAAAAAAUAUAUCUAUAUUUUAUUUUUAAGCAAGAAUUAAAAUCAUGCAGCAUAUCUAUGAUAAAGAUGAUGAGUUUUUGAAAUCCCUUGGAGAAUUUAUAACCAAAAAAUCAUCAAAAGCUAUAUCCGAUCAUGGUUUUUUCUCUAUAGCAUUCUCUGGUGGCAGUGCUGCUACAAAGGUUUGUCAAAGUUUAGAACGAGAAGAAUACUCAAGCAAUAUCUCGUGGGCAAAUUGGAAAGUGUUUUUUUGUGACGAGAGGUUUGUUGAAUUAACUGACAAGGAUAGUAACUAUAAAGCAAUUAAUGAUGGCUUGCUACAAAAACACAAAGAUAUAGACCCAAAGAAUGUCUUCACAUUAAACAAAACAGGAACGGUUGCUGAUGCAGCACAAGAUUAUGAAAAGAAGUUACGGAGUGUGUUUCCCAAUUCUAAAUUGCCACAACUUGAUUUAGUUGUUUUAGGUAUGGGACCAGAUGGACAUAUUUGUUCACUUUUUCCAAACCACGCUUUGCUGGAAGAGAAUGAGAAAUGGAUUGCAUCACUUGAAGACUCACCAAAGCCUCCACCGCAGAGAAUAACAUUCUCAUUGAAUGUUGUCAACAAUGCAAGCACAGCUCUAUUUAUCGCAACAGGCGAAGGAAAAGCAGAAAAUAUUAAAAAAGCUAUUGAGGGAGCACCAAGUAAAGACGUACCAGCAUCGCUAGUUAAACUUACGAGUGCGGAUCUUCAUUGGUUUAUGGAUAAAGGUGCAGCAAGUCUUCUUAAGGCAUAAUGUUUUGUGAUGGAUAAUUUUUUAGGCUCCUUUCUUGUAAUAGUACGUUGUUUAGGUUAUUGUAAAAUUUUUUUAUUUAUUAAGGUGUCAUAAAAGCUACUUUGCUUAUCUAUUUAUCUACAAAAUUUAGCUGCGGUUUGUUGGUCAUUAUGAGAACGUUUGUCUGAUAUCCUGUCAUCGUAUUUUGUUGUAGCACUUUAGAAAUGUGAAUUUGCUACUUUGCCUAACGGGUAUUUUAACACCUUAACUGUAAAACAUUUCUAUAAAAAUGUCAUAUACAAUUUUUCUUGCAACUUUGUAACACAACUUUUUGAUAAUGACCACUUGUAACUUUUUGCAACAAGCUGCAUAAAAUCUAUCAAUAUAUCUUUUUGCUUUGCCUUGUAAUGUUUCAAGUAUUACUUUAUCUCCCAAGAAUGUGAAUUUCUGAAAGAUUGGUUUAUGUCAACAAUACACUCAGUAAAAUAAGAGAAAUUGGUUGUCGAUGAGGGCCAAUUCUAAAUAUAAAAAUUAACAAAUUUCAUUAUUUUCUCUAUUUUAAUGCUUUUUGUACAUCAAUUGAGUUUAAUGUCGUUAAUUUUUUCAUCAGUUGUUACAUUUAUAGAAUUAUAGAAUUAAUUUUUUAAAUUUUAUAAAUUUAUCAGUUUAGUGAUAAAAUAUGCAUCUUCUGUUGUUUU